AUGAUCCAAGCCAUCUCUCCCCUCCACGAUGCGCACCACGAGCGGCACCUCACCUCCCUAGCCGCCCUAACCGCCUCGCACCGCGACAAAAAGAAGCACCUCCUCCUCGCCGCCUCCGGCAGCGUCGCCACCAUCAAGCUGCCCCUAAUCAUCCGCGCCCUAGCGCGCCACCAGCCAGACCUCUCGAUCCGCGUGCUGCUCACCCCCAGCGCGACGCUGUUCCUGGCCGGCCAGUCGGCCGAGCAGCCGUCCGUGUCGUCGCUUUCGACCCUACAAGGCGUCGACGGCGUCUACGGCGACGCCGACGAGUGGCGCGAGCCGUGGCGGCGCGGCGCGGGCAUCCUGCACAUUGAGCUGCGCCGCUGGGCCGACCUGCUGGUCGUCGCGCCGCUGAGCGCCAACACCAUGGCCAAGAUCGUCGGCGGGUUCGCCGACGGCAUCCUCACGAGUGUUGUGCGCGCCUGGGAUGCUUGGGGGGAGCUGGAUAGCGAUGUGCUUCGUGAUGACGGGGCCCAGGGAGGAGAUGCUACUGGGGAUGGUGGUGCUGCUGCCGUGGUGUCGGGGACGACCCCGAGGCGCACGAAGAAGAAGCGCAUCAUCGUGGCGCCUGCCAUGAACACCGCCAUGUGGCGCCACCCCAUAACCGCCAAACAGCUCCGCGUACUAGAGGAGGAAUGGGGUGUGGACAAGGAGCUCCGUGACGGAGGCGCAGGAGAUCUCGCGGGUGACGGCUGGUUCGAGGUGCUUCAUCCGCAGAAGAAAACGCUCGCGUGUGGAGAUAUUGGCGAUGGCGCGAUGAUGGAGUGGACGGAUAUCGUGACUAUCAUUGAGCAAAGGUUGGGCCUCGCUAGCCCGAAUGAGUGA